CAAAAAUGUCACUUGAUAAUCAGCUGUUCAAUAUGGUUCAGUAGACGUCAAAGGCGUCAAAGCGUGAUGGAUAGUCGUGAAAUAGGGUACAGAAAAGACGUUUUGUGGUCAUGGAGUUUUUUAUGGAUUGGUGGUUAAUGAAUAAAUAAAAAUCUUAUAUUGAUGAGGACUGAGUGAAAGAAAUGUUUCAGUAACUCGAGUUUUUAAGUGUUUUGUCGUGACGUACUGUGGACACGUAUCUAUUAUGUUGAUUGUUGAUUUUUCGAUUUAUUAGAGAUAAGGGAUACCACAUAGAAACCGGUAAUCAUGCGUUAUAAGACAUUAUUGUUGUUUAUCUUCAUAUGCUGCGAGAUCUCAAGUGAAGCUUUGCAAGGACCGCCAGAGAAAAACACCAAGAACGAUGAAGAGGAAACGAGCAAAAAUACUGAAUUUGUCGGCUCUUUUGAGGAUAGGGAUGGGGCAACCGCAAUACAUAUAGAAUCUGCACCUGAUUUAAGCAAUGAAAGAGAUAAAACAAAAGAUAAAAUAUCAGAACGUGAUAUAUCCGAUGCCGUGGACCUGUUCAUGCUUGACCAAGCCAAAGUUAUCGAAAAGAUGGUGCAGCACUUCGACAUGAUGAAUGCCUUGCAAGAAAGCACUGCUUUCGAAGUAGAAGACAUGCCUGAUUUGCCUAAGGGGGCCUUGCAGGAAAAAGAGUACACUCCCGAAGAAUUGGAGGCCAACAAGAUAUACGAUACUGCCUUGGCUAUGCUGAACAAGACUAGACCUGAUAAAAUGAAGGCCUACCAGCUGUUGAUUGAAGCCUCAAAUAAAAGAAAUCUUGAUGCCACGGCGAUGGUAGCGUGGGCCAAAUUAUUUGGAAAUCCUCUCAAGCAAGAUAUUCACUUUGCCAAGCAAAUGUUUCAAGAGCUAGCUGAUGUAGGGAAUCCCGAGGGUCAUAUGGGACUAGGUCUGCCAAUGGUAAUAUCAGAAGGAUUUUUGUACGCCACUGGUCUAGCCGUGAAUGUUAGCCAACCAAAAGCUCUUAUACACUACACCUUCGGAGCAAUUGGUGGUAAUACCUGGGCACAGAUGGCUUUGGGGUACCGAUAUUGGUCUGGAAACACUGUUGCCACUAGUUGCGAAAAGGCCUUGGAUUUCUACAGAUUAGUUGCUGAUAAGGUGAGUCAAGGUGUGACGUUCGGUGGAGGUGCAGCUAUCCAAAGAAUUCGUCUUCUGGAUGAAGUUGAAAAUGGAUAUACAUCGGGGAUUUUAGACAACGACCUCAUUGAAUAUUAUCAAUUAUUGGCCGAGAAGGGGGAUGUCCAAGCGCAAGUGGGCUUAGGCCAGUUGCAUUACCAGGGCGGUAGAGGGGUAGAUCUAGAUUACCAAAAAGCUCUACAUUAUUUUACUCAGGCUGCUAAUGCUGGAAACGCAAUGGCUAUGGCGUAUUUGGGGAAGAUAUACCUCGAUGGAAGUGAUGAAAUUCCAGCAAGUAACGACACUGCUUUCAAGUAUUUUAAAAAAGCUUCUGAUCUGAACAACCCGGUCGGCCUAAGUGGCUUAGGUUUAAUGUACUUAUAUGGAAAAGGUGUGGAGAAAGAUUAUACCAAAGCACAUCACUAUUUUCUUCUUUCUGCUGAGCAGGGAUGGGUAGAUGGACAACUGCAACUUGGAAACAUGUAUUUCAAUGGUUUAGGCGUGAAGAAAGACUACAAAAUGGCGAACAAGUACUUUUCCCUGGCGUCACAGUCAGGGCAUGUACUGGCGUAUUACAACUUGGCCCAAAUGCAUGCUCAAGGAACAGGGAUGCUUAGAUCGUGUCCAACUGCUGUAGAGUUGUUCAAAAAUGUCGCGGAAAGAGGUAGAUGGGGCGAACUAUUGAUGCAGGCCCAUUCAGACUUCAGAAGUCGUCGUUAUGACGAAUCUUUCGUAGAGUACGCUCUUUUAGCUGAACUUGGAUACGAAGUGGCGCAGAGCAAUGCCGCAUUUCUGCUGGACAGAGGAGAGGUACCAAUGUUCACCAAGGAAGACGCGCUGGCUAGAGCACUGCUCUACUGGGGAAGAGCAGCGGUCCAAGGUUAUUCAGCUGCACAGGUAAAACUGGGCGACUACUAUUACUACGGCCUAGGCACGCCAGUGGACUACGAAGUGGCGGCCGCCCAUUAUCAGCUGGCCUCCGAGCAACAACAUAACGCUCAAGCGAUGUUCAAUCUAGGCUACAUGCACGAGCGCGGUCUUGGCAUGCAGAGGGACGCUCAUUUGGCGAAACGAUUGUACGAUAGGGCCGCUGAGACCAGCAUCGACGCUAGGGUGCCGGUGGCGUUAGCGUUGCUCAAGCUGCAGCUGGUCGUUGGACUCGAGAGCUUGCAGGAGUAUCUUUUGCAGACGCCAUUGUACAAUGCGGUGGACUUGAACAGUACUGUGGGCUCCAAUUGGGACUUAUAUUUGAUAACAGCUCUGGCCGCCGUCCUUGGUGGAAUCGUGUAUUUCAGAAGACCUCAACUGCCACAGUGAACUGGGACACGUGAUAUUCCCUUAUUUAUUUUUCGUGAUGUAAAUAUAUGGAUAGACUUAAUUUAAUUGAUAAACACUUUAUGUUUUCCUUGUUAUUAUUUAAUCAAUAAAAAUAUGUCUCAUUAUAGAACAAA